AUCUCACGAUGCUCCUUUAGAUCCGCGCCCGGUUAUCUAUCGCCCUAUCAGUCAUUAUCAGUAUGGGUACAAAACGUGAACUCUCGCGACAUCUCAUCUACAGAGGGGGUGGAUAUUGUUCGGAUACAUAUUGAGGUAAAGACCACCAUGUUGCGAGCAUACAUCUUGUUGGCGUCUGUUGUAACGACCCUGGCCCUACACGGGAAGGACACCAGUGUCUGUAAUGGGGACCCGGUGUCUUCAGUCCCUAACAAACCACGCCCUAAUGUGACCAAUACGUUCUCCGCCCACGUCCAGUGCGUCAUCAUGAACAAGAACCGGACGACGGACAUCCACGAGUGGUUCGACGAAUCGCUGAACGAGGGGCGUGUCAGGCAGCUACAGGAGGGGAUCCAACUAGACGCCUGGUACAGUUAUAACACCAACGAGUUCAUCGCCUACGUUCCUGGAGGGGGCUGUAUGGUACAACAGCUGAGUACUUCCAGCCAGCGAUUCUUGAUUGGUUACAACUCUGGAAAUGGCGGGAAAAUAUACUCCGCGGCUCAGUCACUCCACAUGUCCGGGAAUGGUAUCAACGAGGUGUACAUGGGCCUCAGUAACGUGAGGGGGAUCACCGUGGACGUGUGGCAAAGCUGUCAGUACUGGCAAAGUAUGGACGCCACUAUGGUUGUCAAGUGGUACUUCACAGCGUCUAACCCUGAGUGGGACACUGCCCUGGGAGUGACGGUUCCUGUAGCUGCCCGGGUAACCGGUGUCAUAUACGACCCAGACGGUACACGCCGACCGUUCGAUCAUUGGUACGAGCUGAUUCACUACAGACAGACAGUCCACGGCGCCUCAGUAUUCGAGACUCCGGCUGGACUGCAAUGUCCAGGACGAAAGAAUAUAAAGAACCUUCCCACAAUGCCCCCGGCAUUUAGUUUUAUGUCAGAAUACAUAGACAAGACAAGGAAAAUUGUCUCGUUCAUGAAGGAGUACUAUUCCUUUACUGAGAAAAUGGUGAUGUACUAUCAGCGCCCCCUACCGUCAGACAACAGUCCUUACGGUGUCAACGACCUGAGAGAAAUCCACGACUUUAAUACGGGCGUGGCUUAUAUAAUUGACACGAUGUACGGGAACUGCACGGUCCAGACCAUACAGCAGACAUUCGACACCCGGUAUGUGGACAAGAACCAUCUCAGGAUCAGAAACGCCAGGGAAUUCUUCUACUUUGACGUCAUUAACUACACGUACGAGGGCGUGAAAACGGUCCGGAACAUCGACUGUGACAGCUGGGUCGGUGUGCGGGCUAACUGGCCCACCCCCGGGGUCAACUCCACCUGGCAAUGGUACUUUGCAACCAACCAGUGGGUGGAGGUCAACACAGGAGCCGCCCAGGGUGGUACCCCCGUACAGCUGGUGAUCGAUGCCCCCGCGGCCGCUUACCACAAUGAAUACAACUUGUACAACUUUAAUGUCCAUACCCCGGAUAUACUUAAGUUUGAUGUUGGUCUUUGCUACGUCAAUAGAAAUAGGAGGAAAUUCCAACUUACUUUCUCUGGUGAUUACAAGUCUGCAGUAGACGGUAAUUUAGAGACGUUUAAAUACAACAUACUAAAGAGUUUAGUUUCCACACUCAGUGUUUCCGCUAUAAGGAUAUCAAACCUAAACGUGUAUUACAGUCCCACAGACAUCAUUGUUACAUUUGAAAUCCUGGACGUGGCACCAGUUGUGGGUGAUGUCAAAAACGUUGUCAAGGAAACCCCGCUAGAUGUCGCAGCAAACACUCUGCAGACAAAAGUGAAGAGUUCCCAGUUUGCUAUUGCUCUUGAUAAAAAAGUGUUCCCAAAUAUUCCUGCCAUGGUGCCAAUAAAGAACUCCUUUACAGAGACGACUUAUAUUAACAAUAACGGACAGACGGCGGCUUCACAGACAGGGUACAGUCCAGGUGCCAUGGCGGCAGUCGGGAUUACACUUCCGGUUGUUGGCGGGGCUUUGGGUGGAGUGUUUGCAUACUUCUUUUUUAAAUAAAAACCAAGAGAUAACCUAAACGCCAGCGUACAAGAAAAAGAAAUAUAUUUUUUAACGGUCCAUACAUAGCAUAGAGGACGUGACUGCAACUGGACAAAGAGACCACCUGUGUUAUCUAUGUAUAAAAGAGAUGGACAGAACAAUCAUUUAAUCUCCAAUUUACUGUGUAUUUUUGUUAUGUAAAUGUGAUCUCAUUUAUAAUGUGACCAUUUGAAAUAAAAAAAAAACUCCAAAAUUUA